AUGUCCAGCAGAAGAUCGAUAAGGGGCAACGCACCAAGGUGGCCACCAGAUGCCGCAGACGGGGCUGGCGGGGCACAGGGGGAGCAAGGGGAGCAGUGCUUGGAGUGGAUUGGCAUGCAGAACAUUGCCAGGAAGCUGGGCGCAGACGUGGCGGAGCUGCACAACGAGUCCUUCAAGGUGGACCGCCACUGGCUGGAGCAGCUGCUGCGCAAGGAGGGCCUCAGUGGAGCGCGCGACUUCUUCGAGAAGAUCAUGAGCAGCACCCGGACCUACGUCUGCUGGCCGAGCAGGCUGAAGAUCGGGGCCAAGAGCCGCAAGGAUCCGUACGUGCGCGUCGUGGGCCAGCGGGAGCAGGUGCUCCGAGCCAAGCACCGCAUCCUGAGCAGACUGGAGGAUCGCGCAUCGCGCGUCCUCCUCAAGAUGGACAUCAGCCACACGGACCACACGUUCAUGAUCGGAUGCGGCGGCAGCGGCAUCAAGCGCAUCAGGGACCUGACCAGCACGCACAUCCACUUCCCGGACGAAAUGCAGAGCUUCACAGAGCAAUCGAACCAGGUCUCCGUCUCGGGCAGCCUCUCCCAGGUGGAGCAGGCCAGAGCCCUGCUGCGACUCUCCACCCCCCUCCUGCUCGCCUUCGAGCUGCCCGUGGCCCAGAUCCAGGCCCAGCCGUAUAGCGCGCGCUACCUCCGGAUGAUCGAGAGGAGCUACAAUGUGCAGGUCAUCUACUCGGAGCGGGCGCGCCUCUACUUCUCCGUGAUGCUGGUCAAGGGCGUGGAGCGGGAGGCGGACAAGCUGCGCGACGCCACGCAGCUGCUGAUGAACUUCACCUGGUCGAGCGCUGGCCGCGAUGCGACCGUGAAGCUGUACAUGGAGAUAACCUCGCAGCACCACCUGGUCAUCAGGGGUAUCCACGACCGCAACCUGAAGAGCAUCAUGGCGUACACGCAGACGAGGAUUACGUUGCCCGAGCUGUGCUGCCCGCAGCUGAAUCCCAGCGACGCCUCCCACGUGGCCAUCUCGGGGAGCAUCGAUAACGUCUACCGAGCACGUCAGCUGCUUCUCGGCAACUUGCCGGUCACUCUAAAAUUCGACUACGCCUCGAGUCACCAGUUCCUCGCCUGCCAACUCAUGGAGCUCAACAUCAGGUACGGCUGCCACAUUGUGCUGCUCCAGAACCAGCGCCAACGCACGGUUAUCAUCAAGGGCCUGGAGAAGUUCACCUCCAAGAUCUACGAGGCGCGUCGCGACAUCCUGCGCCUCGACGACCUCAGCGUCCGUGCCGACAUACCGGACACCUAUUUCCUGCCCUCCGACCACAAUCUCAGCCUGGCUCAGCGCACACAGCUGGCGUCGCUCCUGGCCGGGCAAAGGGACUGUGCCGCGUAUGUCCGGUACCACAAUGAACCCGGUCGCAAUGGUCAUCAGCUGUUCGCGCCUUUCCGAUGUGCAGCUGGCCCCAACGAUGAGGAGCAACUCCUGCCCCCAACUGUGCCAGCCUCCUGUACGCUCUGCACUCGUAAUGGCGCUGGAGGAGCGGCUCCAAGCAAGGGCAAGGGCUUGGCCUCGCCGUCCGAUUCGCCAGCUGAAGAGCAGCAGAAGAAGCAGCCAGCAUAUGCCCAGGACCCAACCGCCGUCUACUGGGUAUGCCCCAUUAUUGGGGAGGAUAUGUUUGAGCUGGACUCGGAAGAUGACCCCGACAGGCCCGCAAGUCCGGAGUAUCCCUUGUACAGAGAGUGGUUCGAGCCCCUCUCGCUCUGGUCAAUGCCGGGCGAGGAGCAGCCCAUCGCUGUGUACCGCGAGCUCCGACCAAACCAGGAGCCCCGUUUCCAGCUGGACCUGGCCCACAUGCCGACCUUCUCAACGGACCCGCCUCCAGCUGACAGUUUAUUCAAUCACUGGUUCCUGCAUGGCUGGUUAAGGGAGACCUCAGCCCGCAACCGCUCGCUCACCCGCUCUGCCAGCACUUCGCAUUGCCAUCAGCUGAACUGGUUCUAA